CCGGACGGGGCGUGCGCGCUCAAAGGUUGCCCGGCUCUGUCGCCCGCAUUUCCUGGCCUGGAGCCGGCUGAGCCACAGCGGGGUCGCCGCGGGGUCCCGGGGCCAUACUCCCCCGCCCCUCCCAGGAGCGCGCGGGGUGGGGCGGGACCAGGCCGGCACGCUGGGCCCUCGCCCCUCCCUCGGGCAGUCACCUGGGCACGGGCGCCGCAGGUGCCGGGCCCUCAACCUUGCGGAGCCGACAGCCAUCGAUCCUCGGAUUACCUGCGUCCACCCGCAAGAACCCAGCGGCAGAAACUCCUCAUCUGCGCAGGUGGCCUCGAGGUGGUGGCAGGGCUGCCCCCUGCAGUCCGGAGGCAAACGCACUUACCCGACCUCCGGAGGCAGGUUCGCCUGGGAGGAACCGCUCCGGCUUCGUCCUACACUUGCGCAAAUGUCUCCGAGCUUACUCACAUAGCAUUUUGGUAUAUCAAAAUGAAAUGCAAGGAACCAAAAAUAACAUAAUUGAAGGCAGUAAAAGCGAAAUUAAAUAGGAAGAUCAUCAGUCAAGUAAGACCCACUGGAGAGGACGGAAAAUAAAGGAAGCAGUGUUUUAUCAUGUGUAUUUCAGCAGGUCUUCUUGAAAUUUAAGUAAAAAUAUGACUGCCCUCUCUUCAGAGAACUGCUCUUUUCAGUACCAGUUACGUCAAACCAGCCAGCCCCUAGAUGUUAACUGUCUGCUGUUCUUGAUCAUACUUGGGAAAAUAUUAUUAAAUAUCCUUACACUAGGAAUGAGAAGAAAAAACACCUGUCAAAAUUUUAUGGAAUAUUUUUGCAUUUCACUAGCAUUCAUUGAUCUUUUACUUUUGGUAAACAUUUCCAUUAUAUUGUAUUUCAGGGAUUUUGUAAUUUUAAGCAUUAGGUUUACUAAAUACCACAUCUGCCUAUUUACUCAAAUUAUUUCCUUUACUUAUGGCUUUGUGCAUUAUCCAGUUUUCCUGAUAGCUUGUAUAGAUUAUUGCCUCCAUUUCUCUAAAACAACCAAGCUUUCAUUUAAGUGUCAAAAAUUAUUUUAUUUCUUUACAGUAAUUUUAAUUUGGAUUUCAGUCCUUGCUUAUGUUUUGGGAGACCCAGCCAUCUACCAAAGCCUGAAGGCACAGAAUGCUUAUUCUCAUCACUGUCCUUUCUAUGUCAGCAUUCAGAGUUACUGGCUGUCAUUUUUCAUGGUGAUGAUUUUAUUUGUAGCUUUCAUAACCUCUUGGGAAGAAGUUACUACUUUGGUACAGGCUGUCAGGAUAACUUCCUAUAUGAAUGAAACUAUCUUGUAUUUUCCUUUUUCAUCCCACUCCAGUUAUACUGUGAGAUCGAAAAAAAUAUUCUUAUCCAAGCUCAUUGUCUGUUUUCUCAGUACCUGGUUACCAUUUGUACUACUUCAGGUAAUCAUUCUUUUACUUAAAGUUCAGGUUCCAGCAUAUAUUGAGAUGAAUGUUCCCUGGUUGUACUUUGUCAAUAGUUUUCUCAUUGCUACAGUGUAUUGGUUUAAUUGUCACAAGCUUAAUUUAAGAGACAUUGGAUUACCUUUGGAUCCAUUUGUCAACUGGAAGUGCUGCUUCAUUCCACUUACAAUUCCUAAUCUUGAGCAAAUUGAAAAGCCUAUAUCAAUAAUGAUUUGUUAAUAUUAAAAGUUACAACUAUAGUAAGAUCAUUUUUUAUAAACAGAAAGAACUCAGGAUAUAUUAAAAAAUAAACUGAACUAAA